GAUUCUAUAUGUUUGUCUUCCUCCUGUCAGUCGCAGACCGAUCCCAAAGGCUGGCGACGGCGUGCCUACACUCAAGCUCAAGCUUGAGCUGAGCCGGCUAACUAAUUUUCAUUAAAUUCUGGUAUAAGUCGGUCGUGACAUCGCAUUUCAAAGCCUGUACUCAAAUUUUAGUAAUUCUGGUGAAGUUUGCGUGCAUACAUUCUCCAUCUGCCUACAUUCUAGUAAUUAAAAUUUUGGAAAAUGGCUGGAGAUAACUUGCCUGAAGGAUGGGAGAAGAAGACCAGCAGGUCCACAGGUCAGGUCUACUACCUGAACCUGUACACCAAGGACAGUCAGUGGGAGGUGCCCACCGAGCCAGCGCGCGGCGGCGGCGACGGUCCGGCCAAGGUGCAGGCGUCCCACCUGCUGGUGAAGCACCGCGACUCGCGCCGGCCGGCCUCCUGGCGCCAGGAUCCCAUCACCCGCACCAAGGAGGAGGCGCUGCAGAUCCUGCAGGGGUACCGGGACCGCAUUGUCUCCGGCGAGGACACGUUCGAGAACCUGGCCUCUCAGUUCUCCGACUGCAGCUCGGCCAAGCGUGGCGGUGACCUCGGGCCUUUCGGACGCGGCGCCAUGCAAAAACCCUUCGAGGACGCCGCCUUCGCGCUGCAGGUCGGAGAGAUGAGUGAGCCCGUCUGGACCGACUCCGGCGUCCACAUCAUAAAACGGCUGGCCUGAGCUCCGAGCCCGUCCCACAGAGCCGGCCAUCAGCCGUCGGAGCAGCGCCGGCACAUUCCGCUACAUGGACCCUCCCGGAGCGACGUGAGCACCUCCCAGCCGACCCUCCCGACCGGGAAUGCAGUAGGACCGGUGUCGUGUCCCUCCCCGUGGACGACUCCCGCUCGCGGAUGGAGGCAGUGUUGUGAGCCGUAGCCGCGGACCCUUGCCAGCGGGUCCCUCUGAGUUGGGAUGGUUCCGGACGAUCGCCGUGCUGUAGAGCCCCGUUCCCCGCUCUACUCCCGAUAGCUUAUGUGUCCCGGCAGCACCGGCCGUCGAGCCGUCGGCUCGUUUGCCUGGGCUGUGUAUAAGCUGCUGGAUGGGAACGCACUUACAAUCAGUUCAACGCUGGGAAGUCGUAUGGGAAUCAUGCUUGGAAAGUGAUGCGCUGGCCUUUUGUUCCGCUGCCAUCGAGUUGUCUUGCUCCAAGAUACGGUGAACCUGCCCCUCUCCCGGCCUCCCGGCUGCCUCAUGCCUGAGCUAGGCGUCGACUGGCUAUUUUCGGACGGUUGCACGUCGAAUCAUUUGUUGGUGUUUCCGAGUAUCGACCUUGCUACAGUGUCGUGUGAUUGAGGCGGUGGCAUUUGCAUUGACGAGCUAAUAAUUGUUACUGGAAUUUCACUUUACUGUCGCCGCUUUCAUGAACUUGCAAUGUUUGGCUAGCCUGCCCUUGGACAACAUAUUGUUGUUUGCCAAUAAAUGUGUUAGAAAUGA